GUAGUCUCCGAACCAGAAGGUGGCGGUAUUGCACCUAAAACCAACCACCGUAAAAGCUCAAGAAGAAGAAGCCUGAUCAUGCGAACGUUUUCAGAAUGGGGACCCAAGUGAAAGAUGUCAUCAUUAAGCCUGACGCUCCCAGCACACUGCUGCUGGACAAACAUGCAGACUACAUCGCUGCCUACGGCUCCAAAAAGGAUGACUAUGAGUACACGCUGUCAGAGUACCUGAGGAUGAGCGGCAUCUACUGGGGGCUGACGGUGAUGGACCUGAUGGGACAGCUGCCCCGGAUGAACCGGCAGGAGAUCAUAGACUUCAUUAAAGCCUGUCAGCACGAGUGUGGAGGCAUCAGCGCCAGCAUCGGACAUGACCCCCACCUCCUCUACACCCUCAGCGCCGUCCAGAUCCUGUGCUUGUAUGAAAGUGUAGAUGCACUUGAUGUGGACAAAGUGGUGGAAUACAUCAAAGGGCUGCAGCAGGAAGACGGUUCUUUUGCAGGGGACAAAUGGGGAGAAAUUGACACACGAUUUUCCUUCUGUGCUGUUGCCACACUUGCAUUACUGGGCAAGAUGGACACAAUAAAUGUUGACAAAGCUGUAGAGUUCGUCUUAUCCUGCAUGAACUUUGACGGAGGUUUUGGCUGCAGACCUGGUUCAGAGUCUCAUGCUGGUCAGAUUUACUGCUGCUCUGGCUUCCUGUCGCUCACCGGUCAGCUGCACCAGGUGAACGCUGACCUGCUGGGCUGGUGGCUCUGCGAGAGGCAGCUGCCGUCCGGAGGCCUCAAUGGACGACCAGAGAAGCUUCCAGAUGUUUGCUACUCGUGGUGGGUUUUGGCAUCACUGAAAAUCAUUGGUCGGAUCCACUGGAUCGACAAGGCCAAGCUGCGAUCGUUUAUACUGGCCUGUCAAGACGAGGAGACUGGAGGUUUUGCUGACAGACCAGGAGACAUGGUGGAUCCUUUCCACACUCUGUUCGGAGUAGCAGGUCUCUCCCUUCUCGGAGAUGAACAGAUCAAGCCAGUGAACCCUGUUCUGUGCAUGCCUGAGGAUGUCCUGCAGAGGAUCAACCUGCAGCCUGACAUCAUCAGCUAGCCUACUGACACCAUCAUCCCAUCAUAUGCACACCUGCCCUGCUAAACAUCCCAACUACCAUGGCUGUGUUGGGUGCAAAGAGAGGAGCACCCCACAUCAUAGUGUUAGCUGAAGUCUAAAGUCAGAUUUUAGAUGCAGGUUUCUGUCUCUGCUCACUAAGGCAAAAAAGAGUUACUCAGUUCUGACUCAAUUGAGUCCGUCUCUACACCCUCAACCAUUAUGUUAUCAAGGUACGUUUGUUGGUUUUACUGCAAGAGAACUGUUUAGCAAAAAGAUGCUUUGAAGUGGUAUAAUCGUUGCCAAAACCCAGAAAUCGUUAAGCAACAUUCCUUAGCACUUUGACGUACUCACCAUGUCCGUUUGUCUGAGGGAAAACAUGGGACAAAACUGUUUUGGAAGUCGGUUUCAUACAUCUUUCUUCCUCCCAUCCCCUUGUGAGAGAGUUUUUACUGUACUUAAUCAUUUUCCAGAAACAGGCUCUGAUUGACUCAGCUUUUCAUGUACUUUACCUGAAUGAAAAAGGAAUAUUCUGUUUAAAUUAACAGAUAUGUGCGUCCAAAACAGAUUAUGUGUGGAAUAUACAAAAAUGAGAAUGUUCUUUCUGUGAUUUAAUUUUGUUUUGGAGCUUAAUACACUUGACUGGUUUGUUGUUGGAGGGUUCUGCCUUUUUUAUGCACCUACAGUUUUAAAUAAAAGAAUUUGCGUGUUUGAAAAGUGACAGCAUGUAGAGAGCAAUCUAUCCUCGUCCUGUUAUAAACUUGAGCAAUCCUACUACCACCGGCCUAAUAGGUCUCACAACUUGAGAUGCAUCACAUGACUUGUUGCAAAGAAAAGAUAGUUUCAUUUAAAUAACUUCAAUUUACAGUAAAGAAAAUGUUUUUGCAUGAAUUGGAGCAAGGGGCAGUGUUUUCUUUGAGACACCCUGAGGUAAAACACAUGGCAGCGUUGUCGCCUCUUGCCAAGUAUAUUUAACAUCUAUUCCUCCGUCUCAGCUGCACUAUUUAUUUAAAUCCAUGUUACUCAGCACAGCUGUGUUAUGCAGCUGUGGACAGAGGGUUUAAAUUUGCCCCCAAACUGUGAGCAUAAUAGAGAACAUUUCAAGGUCUUAGGCUUUGAUAAUUCUCAAGUGACGUUUUAUGUAUUUGGUCAAAACCUUUUUUUCUUUCGGGAAAAAAAAAACAGUUGUUAUAUUGCUGCACUCUUCUAGCUGAAUGAACAUUUUAUCUGUUGUUAGAUAACUGUUCACUGUUGACAUUGUUACAGAAGGUAAAUGAAUUGCAUUUACGUUAAA